UCUCUAGCAUGUUUAUAUGCAUAGUUUCUGAGUCAGUAGCAAACUAAGAACUUCUUGUGUGAUUCAAGCUAACCCCUCGAUUAUCAGAAGCAGAUGUUUCAAACGACUGAAGAUCAGUGAGGCAUAUCCUAUUUACAGGUUAAUAAUUGACUACUAGAUGCAGGUGCACCAAAUGGUCUUAGAGACAUUAGAUAGGAGAGACAAUGUCAGUGCUCCCCCUACCCUGCCUCCCCUAAUCUAAAGCCUACUCUGUUUCUUUUAUCAAGUGAUUGGCUGUAUGUUAACAGAGCCUGGGGCACUUUCCUGUUGAAAUGCCUUUAAUCCCAAGCAACUGGAUUGAUUUUUUUUUUUUUGGAUGGUUUAGAUUGGACGACUGAUUAUUGGACAGAAUGGCAUCUUGUCUACACCUGCGGUCUCCUGCAUUAUCAGGAAGAUCAAGGCAGCUGGUGGAAUCAUUCUAACAGCCAGCCACUGCCCUGGAGGACCAGGGGGAGAGUUUGGAGUGAAGUUUAAUGUUGCCAAUGGAGAUAUUGGUGGAGGCUUCAGUGGGAGAUGGCUUCACUGGAGAUAUUGCGAUUGAUGAUCUGUCAUUUAUGGACUGCACCCUCUACCCUGGUAAUUUGCCAGCAGACCUCCCAACUCCACCAGAAACGUCAGUUCCUGUAACAUUACCUCCACACAACUGCACAGACAAUGAAUUUGUCUGCAGGUCUGAUGAUCACUGCGUCGAAAAAAUGCAGAAAUGUGAUUUUAAAUAUGACUGCCCUGACAAAUCAGAUGAAGCAUCCUGUGGUAGGUGGAUUCUUAAAAUUUGUUUAAAUAUUGCCACAAAAUAGAAAAUACAAGUGUAAUCUCUAAGUAGCACAGGCUAGCAUCAUAGUUAGAUAUUUUCAACAGGAGUUAGGGCAACUUCUAAAUGUAACAGUUAGUCAUACAGAAAAUUGUAAUGGAAGAAUCAGAAUGCAUUUUCUGCCAGGCCCAGUAAGUGGUAAGUGUCUUUAGAUUAAUGUUUUGGAUUCAAAACUAUCGUUUUCACAAACUUUACUUGACUCUGGGAGUAGCAUUUAGUAGCUCUUUCCAUCCAUUCCCUUUGAUCUGUACUCCUGACACUAUAAAAUAGGGAAUGUUUAGGGAGGUAGCUUUAUAAUACUGUCAAAUUAAUUCAUUCAAAUUUUGCCAUUGCCAAAAUGCACAUUCAACAUUAGUACUAUUAAAAUAUGCAGAGUUCAUGAGAAAACCUAUCUUAAUGCAAAUGAGACUUUUAUCCCCUGUGUCCUGGUUUUUACCUGCCAAUUCAAUGGUACCUGCCAAUUCAGUGGCUUUUCCUAAAUGGAUCAAAGACAAACUAUUUAAUUUAAAAAUGGACUUCUCAGCCAAAGAUACAGUCUGAGAGGAGAAAAAUUAAUCUGUGUCUGAAUGAGCAAAACAUAAGAUCAGAAGGGUAAACACUUUGAAAUAUCUUUCCCUUCCCUGUUCUUUAUGGAGUAGCCUGUGAAUUGACUGUACCAUCAUAUUUCUCAAGUGUCUUGAUAAUAUUAAGGGCUUACAACAGACAGAUAACACGGAGAGAGUAUUGAAACCCUUGUUUUAUGUCAACCUUGUGAAGAAAUUCUAGGACUUAAGAAAUCCAGUGAGGUUCAUAUUUAUUCUUUUAAUCUAGAAAAAAAGGUUUUUUAAUGUACAAAUACACCACCAAUUAACUAUCUAAUCUAGACUAAAAAAGUCAUAAAAUCAAAGCUGACUCACUUCGUGCAUAAGAUGAUACAGUAAUUAACUCAAGCUAGCCAGGGAUUUAUAUCAUGCAUCACAGAUGGAAAAUAAUACAAUGGAAGGUGUGGUGGUGUUCAGACUUGCUCAUCGGAAGGCAUUCGAAUCCCCUUAUGAUCUUAUAUACGUUGUAGUGUUUCUAAGAGUUUAUACAAAACCUAAUUAAUUGCACAAAAUGAGUAUCUUUAGGGAAUACUGAAUUUCCUCUAAGUUCAACUUUGUCAUUUUAGUCAUGUCGUUUAUGAUUAGAGGGGAAGUUUUGAUAAAUUCUUUAAAUGUCCUAAAUGAGUGCCUACUAUUAAGCUAUUCUUAGUCAAAUAGUUUCAUAAUUUUGAACAAAUAUAAAUGAAUUAUUACCAUUUUAUUUAUGAAUAAACUGAGAUAUUGUCCCUUCCACCCUUUUCUAAGAAAAAAUAGUAUGACAAAUCUGCCUGUAAACUAUACAGAUUUUCUAACUGAUUUUGAAAAUUGUGAUUAAAAACACAUAACAUGGCCAGGUGCACUGGCGCACGCCUGUAAUCAAAGCACUUUGCGGGUCCAAGGUGAGCAGAUCAGUUGAGCCAAGGAGUUUGAGACGAGCUUGGCCAACAUGGCAAAACCCCAUCUCUACAAAAAGAAUACACAAAUUAGCAGGGUGUGGUGGCGUGUG